AUGUUUAAGAAGAAGAGCUCCAAGGAGAAAAACACUGAGGAGGAGGCGCCAACUUCUCCCAAGGGAGAGGCUACGCCAAACUACGCCGGACUGGAUGUGGGAGGUGGCGCGGACCCGGCGGGCGGGAAGGGGGGAAUCAUCGACAAGUUCAGCACGGGGCGGCGGCGGCUGAAGGAGAACAUCGCCCAGAAGACUGGGAAAGAGGCGGUGGAUAACUCGGAGUUCGAGGAGCGGUCGCAGAGGGUGGCAGACUUGAAGGAGAAGGUGGGCAAGGUGCGGGACGCGAUGAAGAGGCAGCUGGACUGCUCCCGGGCGCUGUGCCUGGCGUGCGCGGACCUCGGGAACGCGUGCUCGGAGGUGGGGCUGCGAGACGUGGGGUUCCAGAACGCCCAGUUCCAGCUGGACGAGGACAUGAGGAAGCAGCUGGACGCGGCCGUGGCGAAGGCGGUCGAGUCGCUGGAGAACAAGAUGGCGCCCUUCGCUGAGUUGGACAAGAUGAUCAUGUCCCGGAACAAGCUCAAGCUCGACUACGACCACUACAUGCGCAAGGUGAGAGAUCUGAAAGAAAAGCCCGGCUCGGACGCGGCGAAGCUGUCCAACAACGAGGCCAAGCUGACGGCUGCGCGGCAGCGGCUCCAGGAGGCGACGGGCAAGCUGUACAAGGGCUUCGGGUACUACGACGCCGUUGGCGGCACCCUGUGCCAGCCGGAGAUUGAGAUGCUCAAGCAGGCGCAGCAGGGCUUCUUCGGGUCUGCCUUUUCGGUGGUGAAAGGGGUCCCCGCGCGCGACCCGCAGGAGGUGGCGAGAGAGAUCGAGUCCGUGGGAAAGGACGGCAUGAACGCCCCUUUCACCCUGCCGGCGAGCGAGUACGGAUCAUCGGGGGGCGGCGGGUUGUCCAACAUGUCCGGUAUGAGCGGUGCAAUCAAGGACGCUUCGACGAGGGCCGGGGGCGACGACUCGCCAGACCGAAGCCCGGCCUCCGCGUACGUCCCGUCGGCGUCGGCCCCGUGGUUAACGGGCGGGUCGAGCGGGGGCGGCGGGAUGGCGGGAGCCUCUUCGGGGACCGGGUCGUUCAAGGCGCCCCCAGCCGGCGGGGGCGGGAGCAGCUGGUGGGAUAAGCACUCGGCGACGGCGGACACCCAACCGGCGGCGGCCGCUUCGGGGUGGGGGGCAGGGACCAAGGGACCUCCGGCGCCACCCGCGGCGGGCCAACAGCAAGCCCGAGCGCUGUUCAGUUACACCGCAGCGGACAACACGGAGCUCUCGCUCACGGAGGGCGAGGUGCUAACGGUGGUGAGCCAGGAUCAGAGCGGAUGGUGGACAGGAGAAAAGGGGGGACGCAAAGGCCUCUUCCCUUCUAACUACGUGAACCUGAUCUGAUUCGGCCUGUGGACGGCGGGCCAGCCGGGCGGUCGAACGAAACGUUUUAUUUAGCAAACUUUCUUCUCGUUGCGUGUGUCGUUCUUGUCCCCGUGUAUCCUUGGGCGUUGAUACACGUUGGUGUCUUCUGCGUCAUCUACGUGCCACGAGGUAGUUUGCAAUACAUCUGUCUGCCUGUCCUCUCUUUCCCUUUUCUGGGCUCGUCGCUUAAGGUCGCGACAGCCACUAGGGUGCGCGCGGGCGAGAUCGGGUUGGAGGAUAUGUGGGCCAUCGGCGUAGCAUGUUACUCCUCAAACCUGUAGCCGUAGCGUGCUUUUUUAUCGAGUUAAGGGCUGGUGUGGAGUGGUGCUUUUACCACAACACAAGCAAAGGUAUUAACGGAGGGAGAAGCUAAUGGGGAAUUGUUGUCCCCCCCCCGUUUUUACCGCGUGCGUCGCAUAUGGAACGGUGAAUGGCUCUUCGAGCUAUGCAGCGGUACCUUGAUUUCCCCCCUCUUGGCUUCAUCGGAGUACGGUCGGUUUGGACUGGGAUAUCCAAGAUCGUAAAAGCAAUUGCUGUACUUGUAGAUGCCUUUCAGAGGAGGCAAGAAAAGUGUCUCUGUUGCCAACGGUAUAUCCUAAUCUUUGGGAUUUGUUACGAUAUUGAGGCGUCGCUGAAGACGCUGCGCUCUUCGACUCUUGACGAGAGAGUGCGGGAGAAGAUCGCGACGGCGGUUGCAUUCUGUGGUGGUACGCGUUUAGAGGGAAUUUAAAAGCAACCGUCUGACGGAUGGAUGGACGGACACAAGGCUCUCUCCGGUGUUCAUACCGGGCGGGGGGGGGAGAGGCGGGGAAGGUAUGCUGUCGGUACGAGAUUUCUCGCGUUUUUUUUUUUUUCUGUUGUUGUCGAAGGCUUGGCCACGCCGCAAUGAGCCAGCCAAUGAGGGUUGCGGCGAUCGCGUUCUGAGCCUGCUUUGGUAUGCAUACGAGUCCAGGACUAAUCAAACGUCCGCGUACCUGUUUAAUUUUUGUAUCUCUAUGUAUGUCUGAUUUUGAUGGCGUGUGUCGUGGACGGCCGGCCACCCGGAAGUGUAGGAGGAGAGCGAGAGCUGCUUUCUCAUAUCUUCCGUGUCUACACCUAACUGCAGUAAUAGUACGGUUUGGUUUAGGGUGGUUUUCUUGUAUCAUACACUACCUCCAUAGGUACAGUUCGUUUGUGUUUUCAAGGGGCACGAUUGGUUCGUCUUUUGGACCGAAUCUAUCUACCAAGCCCUAUUUCGGUCAAGAAAGUUAUAUCGGGGAUCGAGUCAUCUUUCUUCGUAGAGAGAGAAGAGGGGGUGGAGUAGGCCGCACAUCACACACGUACAGCAGUAGUAUAUCUUUAGGCAACUGAGAACGGAUGCUGCCGCAUGUACGAGGUAGGGCGCGGGGUGUUGUACGAUCCUCCUAGAAAUGAGUGUGCCUCUGUUGUGUGUGUCAGUCCGCAGGUAGGUUUCGUCCCGUCCGUGACGCGUUUGUUUUUCAUUACUACUGUAGUAACGGCGCGAACCUUUUUUGGUUUCUUCAAAUGACGGAUCCCAGCGUACACCUCG